CAUACAUACAUUUGGCUCUGGACGAUGAUCACAUUCAAGGGAAAUCCGGUCGAACGGAUCGGUGCUCGGUAGCCAUAUCAUCUCAUUCGCGUCAUCAAACGCUGAUGGCUUAGUAGGCUUUGGAGAUUUGUAGUGAUCGGUUCGCGUGGUGUAGUUCAGUCGACUCAAAACCAUGGAUUACGGCAGCUACGAACACUCGACGGAGGACUUUCUGGCAAAUGGAUUCUAUCAUUUUUACAACGAGCUGCAGGACGAGUAUACUCACGUGGAGUAUGAACCGGUGGAGUUAUCCUUACCGAGCGGUCAACCAUCGCUCAGCAGUGAUGUCCGGGAUGCGAUCCAACGAACCGAAACGGAACUCCAUUCAACGAACUCAGAAGAAAUUCUACAUAUACUGGACGAUGUCGUGGAUCUACAGUUCGAGCUCGGUGUGGAAAAUUUCCUCCUCGAAUACAAUUGUGUCGACUUUAGCCAAAUGUGGGAUAACGAGCUACAGCUACCGGAAAAGACAUAUCUUUGCGACGAUUCCUGCGAGGUCUUCAUUCGUCAAGCGACUGCACCGGUCGAUUCUGGGCCCCGGAUUUGUGAGGAAUCAUCUUACCCGGUGUGUCCAGGGCCGUCGUCUGCAAAAUCUGGUUCGAAAUUGGGAGAAUUCACCGAGCCCGAUUCAACGACCGGUUCGUUCGUAUGUCCGUUCGAAACGUGCCGCAAGGUGUACGCUAAGCCGGUCCAUUUAAAGGCGCACCUUCGGAGACACGUUGGCGAUAAACCGUACCACUGCAAGUGGCCCGAUUGCCAUUGGCGGUUUUCGCGCUCGGAUGAACUAUCGCGCCACUUCCGUUCACAUUCCGGCGUGAAACCGUAUCGCUGUUCCUACUGUCCAAAGUGUUUCUCCCGAUCGGACCAUCUGGCUAAGCAUAGGAAAGUACACGAACGAAAAAUGGCCGGAAAGCUGAGGGAAGGAAUGCACGCCGAUGCGGUUCCAACGAGGGGAAGACCCGGUCGUAAACCGAAGCAUAUGCCGAAAAGAACCUCGAAAUGAGUUUUAUGGUGACCAAAUAAAGAACUAGAAUUACCAAAAAUGAAUUAAACGUUCACCAUUUUCUUAGUAAAUUCAUCCUUUUUCUUAGUAACCUUUUUCUUAGUAACGCGAACGUUCGUUCCGUUGUGUGUGUGUGAAUGCGUUAUUCACCAUAACGCAUAGUAACGCAGUGUAACGCUUUCUCAGCUGUCACAACACAGCG